GAAACUGAGAGGCAAGAGCCCCCAGGGAUUGGUGGCUGCGCAGACGGGGCGGGGCAGCCCUUUGUCUGAGGGUGCUGCGGGCUCCCGUCACUUCGCGCGUGAGGCUGCGGCGUGGACGCCCCACAGGCUCCUUCAAUUUCUGUGAUUCUCAGAGGCCCCAGGAGACCAGGUGAUGGCAGCAGCCAGGCUCCUGCCAGUGCCUGCAGGACCCCAGCCCCUGUCGUUUCAGGCCAAGUUAACCUUCGAGGAUGUGGCUGUGCUCCUCUCCCAGGAUGAAUGGGACCGCCUGGGUCCUGCUCAGAGGGGCCUGUACAGAAAUGUGAUGAUGGAAACCUAUGGGAAUGUAGUCUCACUGGGACUUCCAAUAUCCAAGCCUGACUUAAUCUCCCAGCUGGAGCGAGGGGAAGAUCCCUGGGUCCUGGAUGGGAAGGGGGCUAAGGAGAGCCAGGGCCUGUGGAGUGGCUGCUCAGACAACCUCAAAUGGGACCACACUACAGCUUGUAUGCAACAAGACAGUUUAUCUUGUCCAUGGGAAUAUGAAACCAAGGCAGAGAAUCAAAAUACAGACUUGAGUCUGAAGCCAUUAAUUUCAGAGGAAACAGUGAUUCUGGGGAAAACAUCCUUGGGGAGGAUUGAUCAAGAAAAUAAUGAAACAAAGCGAAGCUUCUCUCUAAGUCCAAAUUCUGUUGACCACCGUGAAAUUCAGGUCUUAAGCCAAAGCGUACCACUCACUCCGCACCAGGCAGUGCCUAGUGGAGAGAGGCCCUACAUGUGUGUUGAGUGUGGGAAGUGCUUUGGCCGGAGUUCCCACCUCCUUCAGCAUCAGCGUAUCCACACUGGAGAGAAGCCCUAUGUGUGCAGUGUAUGUGGGAAGGCCUUCAGCCAGAGCUCAGUACUUAGUAAACACAGAAGAAUUCACACAGGUGAGAAGCCCUAUGAGUGUAACGAGUGUGGAAAAGCCUUUAGAGUGAGCUCAGAUCUUGCUCAGCAUCACAAGAUACACACGGGAGAGAAGCCUCAUGAAUGUCUUGAGUGUCGGAAAGCCUUCACUCAACUCUCACAUCUCAUUCAGCACCAGCGGAUCCACACAGGAGAAAGGCCAUAUGUGUGUCCAUUGUGUGGGAAAGCCUUCAACCAUAGCACUGUCCUGCGGAGCCACCAGAGGGUACACACCGGGGAGAAGCCUCACAGGUGCAAUGAAUGUGGGAAAACUUUCAGUGUGAAAAGGACACUACUGCAGCACCAGAGGAUCCACACCGGGGAGAAGCCCUACACAUGCAGCGAGUGUGGGAAGGCCUUCAGUGACCGCUCAGUCCUCAUUCAGCACCACAACGUGCACACUGGGGAGAAGCCCUAUGAGUGCAGCGAAUGUGGGAAGACCUUCAGCCACCGCUCUACCCUGAUGAAUCACGAGCGGAUCCACACUGAGGAAAAACCCUAUGCAUGCUACGAAUGCGGGAAGGCCUUCGUUCAGCACUCACACCUGAUCCAGCACCAGAGAGUCCACACUGGGGAGAAGCCCUAUGUGUGUGGUGAGUGCGGGCAUGCCUUCAGUGCACGUCGGUCUCUAAUCCAGCAUGAGAGAAUCCACACCGGUGAAAAGCCUUUCCAGUGCACAGAAUGUGGCAAAGCCUUCAGCCUAAAAGCAACUCUGAUUGUGCACCUGAGGACCCACACGGGCGAGAAGCCCUAUGAGUGCAAUAGCUGUGGGAAAGCCUUCAGCCAGUACUCAGUGCUCAUCCAGCACCAGCGGAUCCACACAGGUGAGAAGCCCUACGAGUGCGGGGAGUGUGGGCGCGCCUUCAACCAGCACGGCCACCUAAUCCAGCACCAGAAAGUGCACAAGAAGUUGUGACCCGUGGCUGAUAAAAGAAUCCAUCUCACAGAAACUGCACGUGGAACCGCAAGCAGCCUUCAGCCCAAAAGAAGUUUCUGUUAACUCUAUAGGAAUCCUUUCUUUGGUAAUUCAGUGUCACAAAAUAACUCCGAAAAGAAGCACUUGGCAUGAUGUUCCCGUGGAAAAAUUUCAGACUACCUGUUUUUAUUUUCCUCACCAUCUUGAGGUUACAUUGGAGAGUAAUCAUAGAAUUGUAGUGAAUUUUCGUAAAAACAGCCACAAUUCUUUCUCUGACAUUAGUUUAUUUUAACUAAGGGAAUUUAAGGCAUAAGAACUAUUGUUCCAAUAAAAUCUUCUUACAUUCCAAAUAAAGUUCUUUUUCUAAGAACAUUA